AAUCCCGAUGCGGUGUAUAUUUCUCUAGUCGCGAAUUCAUAGAUUGCAGUUCGCAACUUCAAACAUUUUCACAAUAAUUUCGAGCGACGAUAGCUAUUUUCAGUUCGUAAAAUAAUUAAGUUAUCUCCCUCAAACCCGCUAACGUGUAAGCAAUAUUUUUGGUUUUCCCGUGAGACGAAGUACAGACCAAUUUUCAAGUUCCUCAGUAAUUUGACGUGGAUGCAGCAAUGGUGGAGCGCACAAUGCAAUCUGGGACCGAAUUCCAAUUAACACAUUUAAAGGCCAAAUCUGAGCCUCCAUUCCAUUUCCGACCGUUCCGGUGUUUGCUGUCUGACCCGUGCCAGAUGAGUUACCAGAACACUGUUGCUGUCUGGGAAAACGGUGAUAUGUUGCUGGGAUUCAUUCAAGACAUUAACGGAGGCCAAGCGCUUGUCGAUUUCGACUCGAAGAAGGUCGAAGCCAAGUGGAUCGAUACAGCGUGUACUUAUCCGAUGCCAUGGUAUAAGUAUGAGCAUAAAGAGCGCAACAAACCCGUUUAUGCGGCACUCCGCGACGAGGACAGCGGUCCGUUCCGGUUUCAGCUGGUUUCUAUAAUCUAUCCUUUUGUGGCAUGUAAGCGGUGUCACAUGUGUUAUGUCAAGGCGUAUACCGAAAGCGGUGAUCGUCGCAUCGAAUUGAUUGAUAAUCAUCAGAUCCUUGGUGUGGAGUGGUUUACCGAGCCAGCGAUGGUGCUGCGCAACAAGGGGCUCAUCUACACGAAAUAUGUCAUUCCCUUUGCCAUGGCGGACCAGGUUAUUAGCGAUCCAGCCGACAAAUCGCGACUGAUUAAACAUUUUCGCGAUGCGUUUGAGGGCGAGGAGGCACUGACUAAGCUGACCGACUGCUGCCGGUUUCAUCUGCGCAUCGAAGCGGGCGGCUGCAUCUUCGUGGUGAUCAGCGUCGGAACGAACGCGGAUGCUCAGCAGAUGACGAUUACCAAGCUGUCGACAAUGUUAGAGAGGCAUCUGGCAACCCGGGCAGAUUUGCUACCCAUUUGUUUUGAGAAUGGCUUCCCCAGCGAAACGAAUAUCAGUAUAGCAGAUGACCCAAUCGAGUAUCCGUGUUCAGAAGUCCUGUUUGGUGAUCUUCCUCAUUUUAUCUUCGGAGAGAUCUUUUCUUACCUGGAUCUGCACUCGAAGAUGAUGAUCAGGGGAGUGUGCGCAUUAUGGCACGCUCUGUUGAGCAAUCCCCGCACAACGAAACAUAUUCUAGUAUGCUUGGACAGCCUGAAUAAAGAUAUCAAGUCCGACAAUAUCAACUGCUUCAGAGCGGCAGUGCUGCUCACUCGGACCAUCAACGCAGCGACCAAGAGUUUGACGAUAAUAACGAGCUCUCUCGGAGAAGAAGUGAUAUUUAUUAUUUAUUUGCUGACGGCCAUGAAAGCCGUGAAUGUUUACGUGCCCCUGAUAAUAUUGAAGGACUAUGUCAUCGACACCCCUAAUUUGGCACUUUCGGAUGAAAAGUUCCACUUGGAACAUUCUGCGAUGUUCGAGGCAAUAACGUUUAAGGACCGCUGUGAUCGGCUGAUGCUGCACAACUGGAAAAUCAGCUAUCUGUUUGGUCGACCAAUGUAUCAAAUUUUUGCCGAUGAUGAUGGAUUUAUGAAUUUGUUUUCCUUACCACAACGGGAGAAGACGUUAAUGCGGCCUCUCGGGUGGGACCACGCGCUAGCUGUUGAUCAGCUGGAGAUCAAACUGGCGCGAGUCGUUCUGAACUGCCGCGAUGGCCAACCUCAAAUGGUCAGCCGUUUCAUGUGGGCCGUCAACGAAAAUUUUCCGCCCGUUACGGACGAAAUGCGUGCAAAGGUCAAGGCCGUUUACAGUCGCUGGGCGCGAGAUCUGCUCCAUCCUUCUGAAUGGGAGACUGUUCGCAGCUAUCUUUUACUGUUCAGUGGUUUUCGCUCAGACGGAACGCCUCGUUCAUGGGUAGACGUCGACCUGGUUCAAGUGGACACUGCCGAACUAAGCAAAAUGGCGCUAUAUGGAAUUAACGAAGUAUUCACGGCUGACCAGUAGUCAAAAUGAUGCCGUGCAACAAAACACUGAAGCCGAAAAGAUUUUCGGUUUGUUGUGUGUUUUCUUCUACCCAAAUUCCGCGGUCCGGCCGAUCAUGCUAUACAGAGUAAUAGUAAGUAUGUCCGCUGCGAACAUCCGGCGAGCGCAGCUUCUCACAGCUGAUGAAACCAUGUUUAGCCGAUUCGUCAUAUUUCGUUGCUUUUUCCGACCACCUUACCAAAAGUACGAGUACCACUACACAGAUUUAUCGAGAGUUACUAGGCCAUGCUGUGUCUAAAUCAGAUUCUGAACCAGAGAUGUCAGCCGGUUGAAAUUAAAGCAAGAUCACCAGCAAUGUGUGUCACUGUUUAAUUACUAUUAAGAAAUUGCCGGCGGUUCUUCUAACUUUUUCAUACAUGCAAAAGUAAUUUGAUUCUUGUUGUCCAAACCCAAGGUGCUUCACUUCGAAGUAAGAAGAACUGCUACAAAUAUGCCAGUUAAAACAACAGUCAAUAAUAUCAAAGCAUCGGUAACUCACUUAAAUUUUCCGCUCCAUCCAUUGUACUUCUAACAAAAGCCGUAUUUCUUCACUGGAUCUCCAGUGACCGAAGAAAUUCGUGGAAAUAAUUUCCUACUGAAUGAUCCAGCAGCUGCUUCCCCGGUUCUUUCACACUUGCAAUGGCCGACGAUCCCAUGGUCAACCGAUGCACAAAUUAUAUAUUUAACAGAGAAUGGAUCGCUGUCUAACGGUCCUCUAGAAUUCCAAAACUAUCCUCAUGUGCAAAAUUCAUAACCAUCAUCCACAUCCAGCUAUCAAACACACCGCACUUUGUGACAGUAACCCAAUGUAAAAAAAUGGAAGGAAGGAAGUUUUAAAGAAAGGAAAAUAAUGUGCGUCAGUUACGCUCAGUAACAGCAGCCAUUCCGAUGAAUAACUGGAAUUGGUUUUGCUGCCAAGUCAUUUUACAAAUGCCGCAUACAUUCUUACUUGCUAAUUAAAGUGCUGUAUAAGCUUAUUAGAUAUU